GCUUCCGCCAGGGCGCGCGGAAGUGUGGAGUGCGCACGCACACGGGGCCGCGGACUAUGGCCACCUCCUCCGUGUCUAAGGGCUGCUUUGUGUUUAAACCAGACUUCAAAAAAAGAAAGAUCUUUGUGCCAAUAGAGGAUUAUUUUAAUAAUGAGGAACUUGACUCUGAGGACAGUAAACUUCGAUUUGAAACAUAUAGCUUGCUAUGGCAACGGAUGAAAUCUGAAACAGAGCAAUUACAGGAGGAAUUAAAUGGAAAUCUGUUUGAUAACCUAGUUGACUUUCUGCAGAAGUCCCAUCCUGAAUUCCAGAAAAAUUCAAGAGACUGGGGCUCUCAAAUGAAAUUCAGAGAAAUUCCAACAGCUGCUCUUAUUCUUGGUGUGAAUGUCACCGAUCAUGAUGUGAUACUCAGAAGUCUAACAGAGACCCUUCAGAAUAAUGUCACACCAUAUGUAGUCUCACUGCAAGCUAAGGAUUGUCCAGAUGUGAAACAUUUUUUACAAAAGUUUACCUCACAGUUGAUGGACUGCUGUGUAGAUAGGAAUUCCAAGGAGGUGACAAGUGGUAAGGCCCUGAAGAAGACAUAUUCAAUGGAUACCCUUUGUAGUUGGUAUUCGGCGGUCACACAGAAAGCAGACCCAAAAGUGACAAUCAAAAGGAGGACAGCAUCUGGCCACUGGCGGUCCCCUCCUGUGGUGCUUAUCUUAAAGAGCAUGGAGAGCUUCACCAGCAGAGUCCUCCAGGACUUCAUAACUAUCAGCAGUCAGCAUCUGCAUGAGUUUCCUCUAAUUCUGAUCUUUGGGAUCGCCACAUCUCCUGUUAUUAUCCACCGACUGCUUCCUCAUUCAGUGUCAUCUCUGUUGUGUAUAGAACUGUUCCAGUCUCUGUCUUGCGACCAACACCUGACAGUAGUUCUUGAUAAGCUGCUUCUUACACCUCAGUUUCCCUUUAAACUAAGUAAAAAGGCAUUACAGGUUCUGACCAACAUCUUUUUGUAUCACGAUUUCUCAAUUCAAAGCUUCAUCAAAGGAAUUAAGCUUUCUCUACUAGAACAUUUUCAUUCCCAGCCCCUAAGUGUUCUGUGCUGCGAUCUCUCAGAAGCCAAAAAAAGAGUAAAUCUUUUCUCAGUUAGUCAAUGUGAAAACAUCCGGCGCCUUCCUUCAUUUAGGAGGUACGUGGAAAACCAACCUUUGGGAAAGCAAGUGGCACUGCUGACAAAUGAGACCUUCUUAAAGGAGAAAACUCAAUCAUUGUUGGAAGACCUGCAUGUUUACCAUAUCAAUUACUUCCUUGUUCUGAGAUGUCUUCAUAAUUUUACCUCUUCUCUUCCCAAGUACCCACUGGGUCGACAGAUUAGGGAGCUGUAUUGCACAUGUUUAGAAAAGAAGAUAUGGGAUUCGGAGGAGUACAAAUCAUCCUUGCAGCUGCUGAGAAUGCUGGCAAAGGAUGAACUGGUGAGCAUACUUCAGCGCUGUAUUGAGGUUUUGAAUUCCUCUACUGAAAAGCAGCUUGGCAACGCAACACAGAAAAUAAAGGAUUUCCUGACCCAGUUUCAGAACCUUGAUGCAGAGAGCAAAGAGGAAGAGGAUGCCUGUGGAUCACAGCCAAAGGGGCUGCAGAAGACAGACUUGUAUCACCUUCAGAAGUCCUUACUAGAAAUGAAAGCGCUAAGGAGAACUAAGAAGCCAACCAAGUUUGAAAUGCUCAGAGAAAAUGUUAUGGACUUCAUCGACAACUUAGUGAGAGACUACCUUCUGCCUCCUGAGAGCCAGCCUCUGCAUGAGAUAGUGUACUUCAGUGCUGCCAACACACUCUGUGAGCACUUAAAUGCUGCUCCAAGAAUCGCUCUCCACACUGCACUCAACAACCCAUACUAUUACCUGAAGAAUGAAGCACUGAAAAGUGAGGAAGGAUGUAUUCCAAAUACUGCCCCUGACAUCUGCAUAGCAUACAAACUGCACCUGGAGUGUAGCCGGCUGAUCAACCUCGUUGACUGGGCAGAGAAGCCAAACAAAGGAUUCAGUUCAGCUCAGAGCAAGCCAACACAGGUGUGGUGGACACCCUCACUCAGCAGGAGAAAUUCUACUCUGGAAUACAUGGCAAGGCAGGGGACAUGUGCAUAGCUGCCAAAAGUCCUAGCUGACAUCUUCUCGACAUCAAAGGACAUGCUAAAUGAGAGUCUUCCAAGAGAAAUGCAUUUUCUUGGAGUAAAAGAUUAACAGUAGAGGGAACAGGGAUUUCUCUGCUUUUAAAAUUUUGAAUAAGUUAUGCUUUAAUCCUCUAACACAAAUGUAUAGUCAGUUUUAUUAUUUUUAAUGAAUAACUGGCAAAACUUAUUAAUGUCAUUAGUCAUCUUCAAUUUGAAAUCUGUUGUGAAAGAUUUACAGCAAGUCCUAAAACCUGAUUAGUUCCAAAACUAUCUGAAGGGUACAGAAAAAGGUGCCUAGCAACAAGUUGUAUUUUCUUCUGUCUUGU